AUGAACGACUCUAGGGUUCAACCUACUCAACAACAGCCUUAUAGACUAUCAAAACAAGAUGAAGAUUUGCCUAUGGAUUUAGGCAGUCUUCAAGACAUUUUUUCGUUUCGAUUUUUUGAGGGUAGACCUAUUACAAACAUAUUCUUGGCUAUUCUUUGGAGUAUAGGGCUGCCUAUUUUACUCUAUCAGCUAUUGAAGCCUCGGUUGGGUCAAGUAGUAGCUAUGAUAAUUGCUUCUUGUCCUCCUUUGUUUAUCGUGAUAACGCGAAUGAUAAAGACAAGAACAUUAGAUGUAUUGGGAUUAGUAGCUGGCAUUAGUUUUCUUAUUAGUGGCAUCAUUUCUAUAGCUCAACCUUCAGAAGCAGUGUCUUCUAUUUGUGAAUCCAUUGUACCUUUACUUGUGGGUGUAUUUUGUUUACUGUCCUUAAUACCUAUCAAAAUUGGAUCAUUUGAACUUCGACCUUUGGUAUUUCAAAUCACAAAUCAACUUAUGCCUCGAACUGAAGUAGAUCAGGAGUUAAGUCAAAGUGAUCAACAAAGGCUAAAUCAACAAACAAACAAAGGGGACAAACAAACGACGCUUAAUUGGAUUUAUACACACAUGGCAAAAUUCAGAAACGAUUUGCGGAUAUUGACAGCUUGUUGGGGAAUUAUACUCAUUAUUGGAUUCAUUGUCAAAGCCAUCAUUGCUUCCACAAACACAGAUAUCAGUAAAGCGCAAAACUUUGGCUACAUCUUUUUCACUUUAGCCACUGUAGGCAUGAUUGUCGUUUCUUGGUUGUUUACUAAAUUAAUGAAAAGACAUGUAAAAGAACAAGCACAAGAUAUGCAGAAUAACCAAGGUGAAGGUUAUGAGAAUGUCCAAUGGGGUAUUCAAGCCAUGUCAAACGGUUUUAAUCAGGUUGUUAAUUAA